CGAAGGGCGGAGCUUGUGGAGAAAGAUGGCGGCCUCCUGGGCCUCCCCCCUAACGGCCGCGGCGCUUCGAGCCGUCUUUCCCUGGCGGAGGAGCAGAUUCCUUGUCAUCUCCCCUGGACUUGAGAGGCGCUGGGAUGCGUCGUCCUCCAGCUCCGAGGCCGGCGAAGAACAGAUCCGGCUCACGGACAGCUGCGUCCGGAGGCUUCUGGAAAUCACCGAAGGGUCAGAAUUCCUCAGGCUGCAAGUGGAGGGAGGUGGAUGCUCCGGAUUCCAAUACAAAUUUUCACUGGAUACAGUUAUUAACCCCGACGACAGGGUGUUUGAACAGGGUGGGGCAAAGGUGGUGGUUGACUCUGAUAGCAUGGCCUUCGUGAAAGGGGCUCUGGUGGACUUCAGCCAAGAACUGAUCCGAAGCUCAUUUCAAGUUUUGAACAAUCCUCAAGCUCAGCAAGGCUGCUCCUGUGGGUCGUCAUUCUCUGUCAAACUUUGAUGCACUGACAAGUGACCUUUAGCUUGCCACCAGUCGUCCCAUGUGAAGAACCUGGGAUUACCAGAAUUCCAGAAGUUUCCUUCUAAUCAUGUCCUUCUCCCAAUUUUAUUUUCCUUGAUUCAGGAGUGUUGUGUUUUGCCACUAUUAUUUUCAGAAUGUGAAGCUUUUUACCUUGGCCUAAAUUCCUCCUUAUCCCUUAAUGCCAUACUAAGGCCACACUUCAAGUUACUGUUACUUCAUAUUUAAUCAUUGGUUAAAACCCAGUGUAAUCUGUAGAACUUCCAAGACUCUAGAAUUUGGAGUUACUUCUUUGGCCUUCAGAAUUGCUUGUACAUAUGUGUAUAGCUAUAUAUAAAGCCUCAUUUAAAAGAAAGUCUUUACUGUGUUUUGGAUCAAGGUCAUAGAUUGGGUAGCUUCAUUACUGGUUACUUAGGCCAAAAUGAAAAAUCAAGUAAAGCAAAAAUUUUAAGCCACUGUCUUGCUGUGUAGGUGGGCUGACUCAAACUUGAGAUCUUGCUCCUGAGGGAUUUUAGGCAUACACCAUCACACCUGGCUCAUUUCAUCCUUCUUUUUGUUUUUGCCAAUCCUGGGGCUUGAACUCAGAGCCUGGGCACUGUCCCAGAGCAUCUUUUG